AUGUUAAGGUACGCCUGCCUGCAACACAUGAAGGCUACCUUUGAGGCCACAAUUGCCAGUGAUUUUUUCAUUCAGCUGCCAACUGACGCUGUCCUGUCCCUACUGGAGUCAGAGGACCUUCAAGUGGACAGCGAAGAGACCGUCCUCAAGGCGAUUGGACGAUGGGUCAGUCCACUCGGCGAAGUGGAUGAAACACGAAUUGUGCACGCGGAAGCGAUGAUGAAGGAAGUGCGGUGGGAUAAAUUUGAUACCGAAUUCCGGUACAGCCUACAGGAUGACGACAAAGGCUUUUGGAAUAAAAACUUGGGAUGUUCAUGGUACCAACUGCCAAAUUCGAAACGAAAAAGGGAAUGCGCUGCCAUGGUUGCACUGCCAGACGGACGCGUGUUUGUGAUUGGCGGAGUAGUUAAUUGUUUGACAUACAGCAAAUCAGUGGAGACAUGCCAUCUCCGGGAGCCAGCGGACUGGCAAGGAGAACUUAAAGCAUCGAACGUCUUUUGGAAAGAUGUUGCUGACAUGCUAGAGCUACGUCGAGACCACGCGGCAGUUGCAUUCAGAGACAGUAUUUUCAUUGCUGGGGGCAGCAAUGUCGAGGGGUAUUUGAACACAGUCGAUGUCUUCACCCCGCCCGACAACCAGAGACCGUUGGGACAGUGGACGCGUCUCGGUGGCUGGGACACGGGAAGGCCAACUGCUGCUCUCGUUCCCAACGGUUCGCGUGAACUAAGCAUCAGUCCUCAUGUGUGUUUGUAUGCUGGUCUUGUCGAAGAUGAGAUUGUUCGUUUCGAAAACGAAACCCCAAACUUGUCACCGCGAUAUCCCUAUGUUGGAUCUUCAGGCAGAUACAAUGCGUGA